AUGCGUCACGUUAAGAGUGAAAAUUUUUGGCUAGACGUGGCCAAUCACUCAGCAUGGAAGAGACUAGAUGACUUAGAAUGCGGUUUUAGUGCAACUGACCGCAUUAUCGGAGGGAUGAAUGCGGCACUUGGGCAGUUUCCAUGGGUAGUGCGGCUGGGAUAUUCUUUACAAGAAUACAAUGAUUUUGACUGGAUGUGUGGCGGCGCUCUUUUAACAGAUCUUCAUCUUAUAACCGCUGCACACUGCGUAAAAGCUGAAGAUGAUUAUCAAUUGUCCGUUAUUCGUGUAGGUGAAUACGAUACUGAAACCAACCCUGACUGCCAGUUGCAUGUGUGUGCGCCACCAGUUCAAGAUCGGAAAAUCCGGGCAAUAAGAAUGCAUCCGAAUUUCGACAAACCGCCUUUUCACAAUGACGUUGCGAUCAUUGAAAUGGACAAACCUGUGGAACUUAACGACUAUGUGUCACCUAUUUGCUUGCCUCAUGUAGAACAACUACAAAGUCUAACUUUAGGUGAAUUACUCAUAGUAGCUGGCUGGGGUAAAAUGAACAUGAGCACGGAGGAACGGGCUCGAAUUUUGCAAUAUGUUUCGGUUCCAGUAGUGAAGUCCGAGACUUGUUCUUCAUUUGUUCGGGGAUUUAAAUUAUUACAAUCAGAAAUAUGCGCAGGUGCACAACAAAAUAAAGACGCUUGCGGUGGCGACUCAGGAGGACCGUUAAUGAAGAUUUUUGAUACACCAGACGGGCCGAAAACAUUCCUGAUGGGUAUUGUGUCAUUUGGUCCCACUAUAUGCGGUAUCAGAAAACCCGGAAUAUAUACUUCAGUUCCGCAUUUCCUGAAGUGGGUAUUAGAUAAUAUAGUCUUA